AAGGCUCUCGUCGUGCUCCUGCCUCAGCUCGGCGAGUUUGACAGCGCAGAGAUGUGCGAGCAGCUCGUGGCUGUGCGGCCGGACCUGCAGGAGGCGAGCAUUGACCUGUGUGUCGUCGGCAUCGGGGACGCCGCCGGAGCCGGCCGCUUCAGCGAGUUCACUGGCCUGCCGCUGGACGUGCUGCGCGUUGACCCGGACGCUGCGAUCCACGAGGCACUCGGAUUGCACGCCGGGCCAGAGUGGAGCGUGCCGGACGCAGUUCCGGACAGCGUGCUGACCGCGCUACUCGGCACGCUUCCCGGCGGCGUCCCUGCUGACGACGCCCAACUCCGCCCAGCCUUCACCGCCUGGCUGCGCUACCUGGCCAUGUGCGCCGGGAUCGGCGCGCCCGGAACGCUGCCAGAGAUCCUCCGCGGAUACCUCGGCGACCGCUCCGCGCCAGAGCGGCUUGCGCCCGACGCCGUCGUUACCGCGGGCCCGGUCGUCAUCGGGCCGGGCGUCGGCCCGGUCAAGCUCGGGCCAAUCUCGUACGCGAACGGCUGGGCGGAGGAGGAGGGCUACCAGAGGCCGGUCGAGCUCGCGACCGUCCGGUUGCGGAACAUGGUGGAGGUGCUCGGCAGGUGGAGCACCUACGUCGCCAACCCCACGAAGCUCGCGCAGCGCGGCGGCACCUUCCUCUUUGACGCCGACGGAGCCGCCCUGUACGAGUACAGGCACCGCGGCGUGCUCACGUACUCGUCGACGAUGUCGCGCCCGCUAACCUUCCUC